AUGCAGCAGGAAGCUAUGAACACAGAGGGACGGAACACUUGGCGGACGGGCUCUGAUUUUCGCCACAAAGCAGUUCAGUUCGUUAGUGCAGGCCUACAGGGCGAUAGACUUGAUGCACCAAGCAAAGAUGCGCGAUGUCAAGAUAGUAUCUUGAACCAAGACAGCCAAGAAAACGAGGAAGGAAUUCGUCAGCCAGUUCACCAGAACCCAAAAACGCUCACCUGCCAAUCAAGGGGGCACACCACGCAAAUCGAACACGCAAACCCUGAAAGCACUAGCGAGGAUGAAAUAGUCUUCCCUGGCAGACACGCAAGGGCAAAACGUGUGCAGCCGUCUCAACAUCAUAUCGGUCCGGAGACCGUAUUGGGUGAUGACAUCUUAAAUGCCAGCGAUUUGACAGAAGUGGAGGAAACUGCCGGAUUCGACUGGCAAGCAAAUGCCUCGCGUGGAUCACGGCGACAUACACGGCCAAGUGGAAAGGCGCAGUCGAGUAUCAUGCAUGAAGAUGACUUCAUCUCAAUAGAGACCAACGGCCUGUUUCUAGAGAAUAGGAGAUCGAGACAUUCCCAAGAUGAGGAAGAUGACGUUCUUGCCGACUACAUAGCAAACAUUGAUGACGAAUACGAAAACUCAUAUUGCGAGCCCGACGCCCAUCAGGAUUCGAGCAGUGAAGCCGGUGGCAACCAGGACAGCAGGAGAAACUCAAUUGUCUCUGCUGGUUCCGGUGAAAGCGAGUAUUCCGAGAUGCAAAUGACACACGAGGACAUUCACUGGUCAAGUUCCGGGGAUGUCCCACCCGAGUGCGGGCAUAAGGAACACAGCUCCGUCGGUGAAUGUUUGCCCGAUUUUACUCAUUCGAUGACCCCCAACCGUAUGUUGAAAGGAAUAGACCAUAUGCACGAGCGAGAAUGCGUCUCUCACACACCUACGUCUGUGAGCCGCAACUCGUCUCACGUCGUCGGCCUUACUACAUCUAGUGCAUCCGAAACAAACGAGAUCGAGGAAUCCACUCGUCACACUGGAGCAGAUACUCACAGCCAGCUAAAACCCGAGAGACAGGCCAGCCGUUUAUCUUACCCAUACCGGAAUCGCGGCAAACCAGAAGCGCACCAUAUUGCCUCGGCAACAGCAUUUGCGGAUGCAUUGGAGACAGAUCCUUUUUAUGGGUUUGAUAUCAUGGACUUCAACAGACCUAGUCUUCGAAAGAAAAAAAAGGGAAAGCAGCCUGACUUCGGCCUAUUGCUAUCGGAUAGCGAGCUUGAACUAGAGCUAGAGCAAGCAUGGCAGAAUGACAGAGAAAAGAAGAAAACAAGGAAACAGAGACGAGAAGAGCUUCGCGCACAGGGUCUACUAAGUCGGGGUCCCGAAAUGCCUAACCUCAAAAUUAGAUAUUCAGAUGGCAUCGACAUCAAUGAGUUGAGAUUGGAGACGCGAAAGUUUCUCCUAUCAUCGAAGGAUAGCCUGGCCCUUCCGCCCAUGGCUAAGCAGCACAGGAAAUUUGUCCAUGACAUGGCGAAUGCGUUGUCCCUCAAAUCACACUCUCGAGGGAACGGAUCAUCUCGAUUUCCCGUCCUGUAUAGGACCUCUCGCACACCGAGCUAUACGCAAAGAACGAUUAUUCAAGUAGACAAAACAUUAUCGAGCGCGAAAUUUAACCGACGCGCUUCUAAAUUAGGCGAGGGAAGCUCCGGUAGAUCAGCAAAAUCUCGCCGGGGCCGCCCCGAAUCGUCCGUCAGUUAUAUGGAUGGUGACGUCGUUGGAGCGUCGGCUCCUGCCAUCGGAGCGGGCAACAAGGGUAGGGCAAUGCUCGAAAAAAUGGGAUGGAGCUCAGGAACACCUCUUGGUGCAUUGAACAACAAGGGAAUCCUCCUACCUGUCGCACAUGUCGUGAAGAAUUCCAAGGCUGGAUUAGGGUAG